AUGGCAGCUAAUCGUUUGGAAUCUCAAGGUAAAUUACCUUCCCAGACAGAGUCGAAUCCUCGGCAAAAUGCAAGUGCAAUAACUCUUCGUAGCGGAAAAAUUCUGGAACCAGUUCCCGACAAAAGGAGGCUCGCAAAUGAUAAGAAAGCGAAUGAGGAAAAAGAAAUCUUCGAAACAUUCAGAAAGGUGGAGGUAAAUAUCCCUUUGCUCAACACUAUCAAACAAAUCCCUCGUUAUUCAAAAUUUCUCAAGGAAUUGUGCACUAGCAAGAGGAGGUUAGUAGGUAACGAAAGAGUGAAUGUAGAAGAGAAUGUCUCUGCAGUACUGCAAAAGAAAGUUUCGCCCAGAUACAAGGAGCAAGGUAUGUUUGCUAUUUCUUGUGAGAUAGGUAAUUUAGGCAUUAAGAAAGCCAUGUGUGAUUUAGGGCCUUCCAUUAAUGUUACGCCUUAUCCUAUUUGUAAGUUGAUUAACGCGGGUCCUUUGAAAAAGAAAGAAGCAAUAAUCCAGUUGUCGGACAGGUCAGUCAUCUAUCCCGAAGGGUUGCUUGAAGACGUCUUUGUUAAAGUUAACGAAUUAGUUUUCCCUGCAGAUUUCUACAUUAUUAAUAUGGAGGACGAUAACUCAACUAAUCCGUCUGAUAUUUUUCUUGGAAGACCAUUUCUAAGUACCGCAAGUGAAAAAAUUGAUGUUCAGAGUGGAACAUUGACAAUGGAGUUUGAUGGCGAAAUAGUGAAAUUCAAUGUCUACGAAACCAUGAGUCAUCCUAACUCAUUAUCAAAUAUUUCCAGUAUCGAUAGUAUAGAUUGUUUAACUCAAAAUUAUUUUGAAUAUCAUGACUUUGAUGAGUUGGAAACUGUCCUUUACAGAAGCAUUGACAUGGAUGUUUUAAGUCGUCUCGAGGAAUUAGCAGUUAUAGAAGAUCCGUUGCGAGAAAUUGUCAAACACUUGGAGACGCAACCAUAG